AUGGUGUACAAUGUUAGAGAGAAGGUUAGAGAAAAUGGAAUGACUCUAGUGGUAAUCUAUGCUCAAUAUGAUGGGGAAUGGAAGGAUGACCAAGGGUUGUAUAAUGGUCACCAAAGAAUAAGGAAGUUAUAUCUAUCAUUGUUGAUGACUCCAAUAUUACCUUAUCUUUUGGACUGUGGAGAGAACAAUCGUAGAGUUGCAUUACAUGUGGAGCUCAUUAAGAGAGAAGAUAUAUGUGACAGGGAAGUUGAACGUGGAAUAAAAGAAAAUGAACAAAGUUUAGUAGAUGAUUACUUUGACUGUGAAUUCUACAUUGAAAAUAAUAUUUGUGAUGCUGCUUCUGCACCAGGCGAAAGUUGUAAAAGAAAGCAUCAUCAAGCAAGUGCUGCAGUAGUUGCUAAUGUUGUGAGGUCAAGUUUCGAUGGCCAAAAAGAGACACUGAAGCCGAAAGCAAUAAUGAUGAUUAUGCAGAACAAUCACAUGCCAAUAACAUAUUGGAAAGCUUGGAAGGGGGAAAAUUUGCAAACAACCUUCUUAGAGGUGGAUGAAGAUUCUAAAUUCAAAUAUGUUUUUCUAGCAUAUGGAGCAUGCAUCAAAGGAUUUCGUUGCAUGAGAAAGGUUAUUGCGGUGGAUGGGACUUGGUGGAAGACCAAGUACAAAGGUGUAAUGCUCAUUGCAACAACACAAGAUGGUAAUUUUCAUCAAUAUCCUAUUGCUUGGGCAAUUGUUGACUCAGAGUGGCAUCUGUCUCAGAAUAUUAAAGCACGUGUCAGAGUUAAAGGUGUCACAAAAGUAUUCGAACAAACUGCCAAUGCCUAUAAAUUUUAUGACUUCAACAAACUCUAUGAUGAAUUAAAGAAUAAAUAUUCCGUAGCUGUGAAGUAUCUUGAAGAAUCAAACCUCACACUUAGUAAAUGGGCGAGAUCUCACUUUACAGGUUGUUGGUAUAAUAUUAUAACUACGAAUGGUGCAAAAUCUAUUAAUGCAGCACUGAGGGAACCUAGAGAGUACCUGAUCAUUGCGUUGUUGGAAGCUAUGCAAGCAAAAUUCUCUGAGUGGUUCAACAAUCGCCGCAAUAUUGUGGCAUCUAUCAAUACAAAGUGUACACCUUUAACUCCUAAGGCAGAGAAUAUUAUUAGAAAAAGAUUCAAGAAAGCAUCAGAAAUGAAUGUGAAACAACUUAAUCGAUUUGAGUAUGAGGUUACAGGUAAAGAAAAUGAUGCCAUAAUUGAUUUAGGUCAAAGACAAUGCUCAUGUCGUGUCUUUGACCUUGAUCAACUUCCAUGUGUGCAUGCAUUAGCAUCAUAUGAGCAAGCUGGAAUAGAAGUUUAUGAUUUGUGCUCUAAUUAUUAUAAGUUGGAAACUUGGGCGUUGUUGAUACCAUUUAUCUAG